AUGCCGCUCAAGGACUACGAAUGCUUCCCCGUAGCUCCCCCGUCGUACCCGCUCGAGCUCUCCUCCUUCAUCCCCGACACCAUCACUUCAUGCUUCCUUCCGGACCGCGUCUCCAAUCCUUGCUCAAGACGACGGCAUGGCCGCACAGAUCAGGACCUCCCCGAAGACGAGGCAAAGAAGCAGAGGAUGAACGCGAUCCAGAACUCGUUUGCGGACUCUACCUCAGAGAUUGCGUCCUUCUCCUCGGACAGGCACAAGUCCUUCCACGCCUUCUUCAGCUUCCCGAACCUCAACGUGUUCCAGUCGGAGAACAGGCGGAUCGAGAUGGAGCAGAUGAACCUCCUGCGGUCCCUCAAGGUCCAGCAAAGCUACCAGACCAAAAGCAGCACCCUCGACCCUCCUCGGAACCCGGUGGCGCAGAAGGCGUACGAUGAGAUGCUGUGGGGGUUGGGCAUGAUCGGCUGCCAAGAGUUCCUGGUCCAAGCUUCUAAGAACCUCUCGCUCUCGCAGCUGGGGAGGGAUCAGAAGAGGCUGGAGGAAGUGCACGAGACGCUCAACGAGAAGCUGCAGGAGGACCUCCUGGACGUCGACGACUCGCUGCAGGCCAUGGUGCAGCGACUGAGGCUGCUCACGGGCAAGACCAAAGGCAAGAAAGAUGUUCAGAUGCUGCACGCGCUGGAGGCCCGGGAGGAGCUCAAGGAGAUGUGCAAGGACCUGAGGCCGACCGACUUGCACGAGCUCGCGCGCAUGGAGAGAGCAUGGCAGUACAAGAUCAUGGCGCCUAUCCGGAGGACUUGGUUCGAGGACAUGAGGGCCAGGGCAGGGCUGUCGGACAAGAAGACGCCGAGGAGGUCGAUAAGGAGGACGACGUUCCGCUACCUCUCGAGGCCCAUCGAGAAGGAUUGGAGCAUGAAGAAGUUUCUCUUCAUCAUCUACACCAUCCUCUCGUUCAUCUUCACUCUCUACUCUCAGAUCGCAACCCUGACAACUCUCUGCUCCGUCGCAUACAUCUGCCCGGACACUGCAAACGUCAUGCCCAUCGUCGCUCCUCCCCUUGCCUACCGACAAGCCUCCUCCUACUACGAGACCAAGCUAGACAGCUACUAUCCUUACCUCCAGCAAACGUGCGCGUUCUCGAGCUCAGGCUGCACUGCUCCGGGUUACAAAGUGCAGUGGCCGUACAUGGAGACGGAGCGAGGGAGCGUCGGGGUCCCCAAGGAGAUCACGUCCUCGUGCUCCCUUGAGACGGGGAUCUUUGACUACUUGUGGGAUCCCUUCGAUCGGACUUUCAGGCACGGCUUCUACUCCUGCAGUAAGAGCGUCAUCCCCCUCCAGCUGCCCUCCAACACAACGGGCCAGGUGGCCUCGCUGCACUUCGACGCGGAGUGGUACAAUCAGAACCGGAGGAGCACGGAGGAAUGCUUCAGGAAGAACUUCCCCAACGACAGGAGCCCCCAGACCGUCCUCACCCGCAUGAGCAGGGACAGCGCCGACUAUCUCAAGCUCGAGCUCUGCAUCGCCGGCAGCAACGUUGCCAACGGGCCGCAGACUUGCCCGUGCGGCUACCCGACCCACUGGCCCCUCAACUUGUUCUACUAUGGUGAGGACAAGCUGCGAGUGUGUGCGGCCGAUCAGGUGAAGCAGACGUUCGAGGACGGCAUCCAGUGCACCUCCGACGACUUUUGCUCAACCAAGAAGUGCGAGAUCGCCUUUCCGGACCAGCAGCCUCUCUCCACCUCCUCUCUGUACGGCUGCUACUUCUCCAGCCCUACCGCAUCCUCCCAGACCGACCUGCUCUACAACAAGUGCGGACUUUCGUCCACCUCCACCCUGGCCGAGAUUAGCGACCAGUUCGCCAAGGUGUACAAGGACAAGUCAUUGAGGUCUCCUCUCGACUCAAGGUUUUCGUCCAGGACGCUCCUCCUCCUCCUCUUCCUCAUCAAGGAGGGCGGGGUCUUGACUGCCAUCCUCGUCAUCCUCAUCAUCCUCCUUGCCCUUGGCUCCCUCCUCCUCCUCCCGGCCAUCGUUCUCUUCCUCGUCUACAAGUUGUGUCCCUUCUGGGGCUGCGAGAUCUGGAUCUUCUGCUGCACCACGUGUCAGAACGAGAGCAUCGCCAAGCUCAACUGGCAGUUUGUGGUCGACGAGCUGUUGAACGUCGUCUACUACAACCUCCGCGUCCUCUGGAACCUCUGCAAGAACUUCUCGACCAUGUACAGGAUGACGAAGCUCUCCUACCAGAUCAAGUCCUCGCGCCUCAACGCGUCGGUACAGGAGCUCUACCUCAAGCUCGCGUCCAUGGUCAACCUGGUCUUCAACAUCGUCGUCAUCUUCCUGACCGACUCGAGCUCGGGCAAGAGCCUCCUGAUCAUCUCCAGCAUCCUUCAGACGCUCACCAUCUUCCUCGUCGUCAACCACGAGAACGAGUGGCUCUCCACCAUCGCUAGCGCGCUCAAGGACAACAACGAACAUCGCCUGUCCAAAUUCGAGUUCGCCCUCAUGGUCUCCAAGAUCAUGGAAGACUUCCUGCAGGAUGAUAUCAGCUACAACUGGGUUGAGCAUCUCCGUAGCUCUCAUCCCCUCCUGCCCGUCGGAGAGGGAGGGCUGAUGAAGGACGAGAUCCAAGAGGAUGAGGAGAAGGAUCAGCUCUUCUACUGGCCCACCCCCGCAAGCCAGCUGAUGCCGAGCUCCUGGAUCGAAUACCAAGAGUAUAUCCCAGCAUUCAGAAAGCCGACUGUCAGCCUGGCGUCAGUGCAGGAGGGAGACAUCGGGCCCUGGAGGCGCAACGGAGGAGUGGAGACUUCAGCUGACGUCUGCCUCGAGGUCAUCCAGUCCAGACUCGCGAUGCAGAACACGAUGAUGGACGCCGGGUGGCAGUACGGGCUAGCGUGA